AUCUGAUCGACGAGUGUCGGCUCUUUGAAGAAUGCGACUGGAGCAUGUCCGUUAAUUCGGCUUAGCAUAAUAACCGUGUACAAUAUGGUAAUCUGUCAGUGGGGAGUAAAUCAUCUGUGAACUGAUUACCGAUUCGACCCAUUAAAUUCGGGUUAAAGACGACUCCAUGAUGUAAAGGUGUCAGGCACUGAUUGUGACAGGGUGAACAUGUCGAAGCGCAAGCUCUCGGAUGCGGACUAUGACACGCCGUCAGACGACCAGGCAGAGGAGGACUGCGACAGCAGUGUAAGCUCUACCUCCACCAACAGCAGCACAGACGUACCUUCAGAGCCGAAAUGCAAGCGACAAAAGACGAAGUCAGUGAAGUUCAAAGGGGUGGAUGUUUUCUACUUUCCCCGUACGCAGGGCUUCACAUGUGUACCCAGUGAGGGUGGCUCCACUUUGGGCAUGGUAGAGAAGCAUGUUUACAAACAGAACUUCACUCUGUCCGAGUAUGCCCGCGAGCAGAGGAGAAUUCACCGUGAAACGCUCGAACGACAGCGCGCCGAGGGUCACCUGAUGGAAGGGCUGGAAGCGAGGCUGGCAGAACUGGAGGAGGAAAGUUGCCAUAGCGACCAAGACAGCGACUGGGAGUUUGACGAUCUGGAUGAUUACUACUUCCUUCAGCCGGUGUCGAUUCGCCAGCGCAGGCUGAUGUUGCGGCGCAACGGUGUCAAAAAGAUCGACAAUACAGAAAAAGACACUUGUAAGGAGAUCCGACAAUCUCGGGAACACUGUGGGUGUAGCUGCAAAGGCUACUGUGACCCGAAAACUUGUGAGUGUAGCCUGGCGGGGAUCAAGUGUCAGGUGGAUCGGAUGUCGUUUCCGUGCGGUUGUACCAAAGAUGGUUGUGCUAACCCGACGGGUCGGGUGGAGUUUAACCCCAUGCGUGUGCGAACUCAUUUCAUACAUACUGUAAUGCGGUUGGAAAUAGAAUCAAAGAGUACCAAAGCAGAUGACGGGAAGGUUUAUAGUAAUAAAGAUGUUACGAAUUUGAAUUAUUUUAACAGCAAUGAACAAGGUUCGUGUAAAGACUGUCAAAACGCAGAUUUUAGCAAUGCUUUAAUCCAAGAAAUGGGUUUUUCAUCUCUUAAUAGGGAACAGAAUCAUAAUUAUGCCAUAACCAAUUCAUUCUCGCAGUCUGCAGAUGCUUUGUUCAAACAUGCCCAACCAUCACAGGGGUUCACAAACCUAUCAUCUCCGAACCCUAUCUAUAAUGCGUCUGCACCAGAAUUCUACACUGCCGAAAACACGACUAGCAUGUACGAUUUCACAAUAAUGAAAGAGGACCAGUCAUCAUACUCGGAAAUGAGUGAGAGUUCCAACGAGGAACAGGCUGUCUUGGAAUCACAGUACCUCCAUAAACCUGCGAUAAAUGUUGGUUCGAAUGUUCAAGAAUUUUCAGCCACAGACAGUGUUGACGAUAAAACCCUGCCAGUAGGUCAUGGCAUGGAAUGUGUGUUCAAGCUGGAGCCUAUUUCAAGCAUUUUGGGAAGCGUCAACGAGGCAUUCUCGUCCGUUUCUAACGACUGGGAUCCAAAAAGCCCGCCUGUCACGUCCCUCCCUGCGUGCUGUUACACCACCAUGAAUAAUACAACCUCUGACAAAAUAGCGCAAACCUGCCCCGGUAUUUCCUCCCAUAUGAAAAAGGACACGAACAGUAACACUGAAGUUAAUGGUUUCAUCACUUCGGCGAGCGAAUCAGACAAUUUGUCAGUAAGCAGUUUCUAUGACUCUGAUUCGUCGAACCAUGCGUUGACGCCGUCGUGUUAUGAUGUGGACGAAAGGGAGAAGGCAACCAGUCGCACGAUGGAACUUGCAGCACAGAAGGCGUGUGAAGAGAUAGCCAAUGCUUCAAAUUUUGGAGAAAUCAUUAAAGAGUCUAUUUUUGAAAUUGUCUCUGCGUAGGAUAUUGUGAUUAAUGUUAACCAGGCCAGCCAUAUAUUUUUAUUGUGUAUCAAUUCACAGGAAAUUUGACUUCUUUGUUAAAAUAUAUCAUUCGGCUACGCAGUGCACUAAGUUAUCAACAUACUUGCCAUAUUUAAUGUGUUUAGAUUUAUUUGAAAAUGUAUAAGCUUCGAAAACAUGUUUUUAAACUUUACAAUUUCUUAUAUUAAGGAUAUUGUUUGUGUAGUUUUUAGAUACUGACUGAGAGUAAAGGGAGCCAGAGUAAAAUGAAGGGAGGAGGGGGGGGGGUCUUCCAUUUGUAUGCCCCACCCAUUCAAAACAUAUGCCACCCAUUUUGACCCUCUUUCAUCCGUGAAUCGCCAUUUUUAUUGGCCAUUAAUAAUUUUAAAGAGUAAAAUUUAUUAUUACUGGGUAUUAUUAGCAUAACAUUAUUUUUUCAUGAAGGAUAAUAUCUCAUGGAAAAUAAGAAUUUUCUUAGGAACAGUACAAUUAAACCAGAUAAAAUGUACAAAGUUGUUUUUUUCAUGAAAGUGGACAACCAGCACCUAUUCAGGCCCCGUCCCUUCGGAAUGUAUUGAGCCUGACUUUCAGACUUAACACUUUCAGUGCGGGAACCGAAUUUUAAAGGCCUUUGCAAACAGUUUGGAUCCAGAUGAGACGCCACAGAACGUGGCGUCUCAUCAGGAUCCAAACUGUUUGCUAUUCUGAUAGUAUUCUUUGAAAAAAAUCAAAGAAAAUGCUAUUUUUAGAAUUUUAGCAGACGACAUUUUUGCAGAAGACAAAUUACCCAGCAUGCAAAGGGUUAACCCUACUGAGUGGAAAACUAUAAGGCAUUAUUUCUGAUCUUACAGAUUGUGAGUACUUUGUUAAAACCUAAUGGCCUAGAUUAUUGUCCAGCUUACUUGUUUUGCAAAGCUGUUACCAUAGAAACAACGUUCUACUAAUCUGAAUAUGCAUUUUAUUUUAGAUAAAACCAAGAUAUAUUUUUUAUCACCGUCUUGUAUGUUUUGCAAGGUUUCAUUGUUUUAACAGUUAAAACAUAGAGAUAAGAUCAUGUUAGAAAUACAUAAUAAAUACAUACAAAGUACAUAUUAUUUAAACAUGUUUUUUUCAAAUAAUGCAUGAUCAAACUGGAUUUAUUUUUACAGAUAUAUUUUCAUGAACCAUCUUACAGCAUAAUAUGUUUUUUGAAUAAUGAACAAAUAGGGCGUGCUUUUGUAUGUGUUUAAGGAGCACACACUAUUUUUGUCAAAAAGUAGAAAGUAUUUUAUAAUUGUUUUACAUUGAAAACCCAAGAUAUUCUUUCUUACUGUUGAAUAGUUUUCAGUUUAUUUUGUUUUCUAUGUCGUUUGCAUGUUGACAUUUUUUUCUAUAAAUUUUAGCAUGUCUUAAAAAUUAAUUAUUA